ACGGCGGCAGUGUGCGCGAUGUGCUGCAGCGCCACGGAGGCCCAGAAGCAGGAGAAGCAGCGGCAGCAGCAAGAUGGCGGAGCCGAUCUCCGUGGGGGUGAACCUGGACGCCUUCUCUCACGCCAUCAGCGGCAUCCAGGCGCUUCGCUCCAGCGUCAGCCGCGUCUUCGAGUCGCUGAAGGACGGAAUGAAGAACCGCGAGACUCUGGAGGGCCGCGAGAAGCGGUUCAUCUCCGAGUUCCAGGACACCCUGCAAGCCGUCAACCGGGACCUGAAUGAGCUGGAGCGUCUCAGCGGCCUGGUGGGUCGACCCUCAGAGUCCCAUCCGCUCCAUAACAGCGGGCUGCUGAGUUUGGACCCGGUUCAGGACAAAACUCCUCUCUACUCUCAGCUGCUGCAGGCCUACAAGUGGUCCAACAAGCACCGUGCAUGCUGGUUCCGGUUCUGGUUUCAGCUGCAGUACCACGCCGGGUUGGCCUCCAGUCUGCUGAACCAGCAGUCGCUGAAGCGAUCGGCCAAUCAGAUGGGAGCAUCGGCCAAGAGACGGCCCAAAGUCCAGCCCAGUACGCUGGUGCUGCCGCCGCAGUAUGUGGAUGAUGUCAUUUCCCGGGUCGGCAGAAUGUUUCCGGAUAUGACCAUCGAGCUCUUCAGACCCAACGGGACGUCAGCUGUGCUGCUGGUGACCCUUGGGAAGGUGCUGAAGGCGAUCGUUGUGAUGCGUUCUCUGUUCAUCGACAGAACCGUCGUCAGAGGUUUUAAUGAGAAUGUCCACAGUGAGGACGGAAAGCUGGACAUUUGGACAAAGUCUCAGUACCUGGUUUUCCAGAAAGUAACUGAUCAUGCUACAACAGCCCUGCUGCACUACCAGCUGCCCCAGAUGCCCGACGUGGUCGUCCGCUCCUUCAUGACGUGGCUCCGCAGCUACAUCAAGCUGUUCCAGUCUUCGUGUCAGCGCUGUGGCCGGUUCCUGCAGGACGGUCUGCCUCCAACAUGGAGGGACUUUAGGACCCUGGAGGCGUUCCACGACACCUGCCGUCUGUAAACAGUCCAUGUUUGUUUCCUGUCUGUAAAUAAAGUUUGGAGUUUUUUUCA